AUGACCACUCAACCAGACUCUUCUUCUCCGUCUUCUCCAUAUGAUGUCUUUCUGAGUUUUAGAGGCGAGGAUACACGCACCAAUUUUACAGAUCAUUUGCACGAGGCUUUAGUCCGUAAGGGAAUCCGGACCUUCAUUGAUGGAGAGCUUGUAAGAGGAGAAGAAAUAUCGCCAGCCCUUGUCAAAGCAAUUGAAGAAUCAAGAAUUUCUGUCAUUGUAUUCUCUGAAAACUAUGCAUCUUCGAGGUGGUGCUUGGAUGAACUUGUCAAGAUCCUUCAAUGUAAACAAUCAAAGCAACAAGUAGUUUUGCCCAUUUUUUACAAGGUGGAUCCCUCAGAUGUACGACACCAAAGAAGUAGUUAUGGUGAUGCAUUUGUUCACCAUGAACGCAUAUUCAAGGAUGACAAGGAGAAAGUGCUCAAAUGGAGGAGAGCUCUUACGGAAGCAGCAAAUUUGUCUGGAUGGCAUUUCAAGGAGGGAGAGUAUGAAACUACAUUUAUCAACAACAUCGUUGAUGAAAUCUUAAGCCAAGUACUGAGCCGCACAUAUUGGAAUGUGGCCAAGUACCCAGUUGGAAUUCAAUCUCGUGUACAAGAUGUGGAAAGGCAUUUAUAUGUUGGUGGGAAUGAUCGUCGCAUGGUUGGGAUAUGGGGGACAUCUGGAAUAGGCAAGACAACAAUUGCAAAAGCUAUAUGGAAUGCAAUUGCACAUAAAUUUGAAGGAAGUUGUUUCUUGUCAAAUGUUAGAGAAAAUUCAAUGUCAGAUGGAGACUUAAUCAAACUACAGGAGGCUCUUCUUCAUAAAAUUCUUGGCGGAGAAUGGAAAAUUCGUAGUGUUGAUGAAGGAAUUGGUGUCAUAAAAGAACGGUUGAGCCAUAAAAAAAUUCUCUUAAUUCUUGAUGAUGUGAAUCAAUUGAAGCAAUUAGACAAUUUGGCUGGUGUUGGUUGGUUUGGUGAGGGAAGUAGAGUCAUUACAACUACACAAGAUAGCGGAUUGCUAAAAUGUCAUGGAAUUGAUUUGAUAUACGAGGUCCAAAAGUUAUAUGGCAACCGAGCUCUUGAGCUUUUUAGUUUCAGUGCCUUCGGAACCAACAAACCUCCAAAGGAUUAUUGGGAACUCGCACAUCGUGCACUAGCGUAUGCUCAAGGCAUUCCACUAGCUCUAACACUUUUAGGUUCUCAUCUUCGUAAUAAAGACAAAGAUCGUUGGCAAGAUAUUUUAGAUAGUUAUGAAGGAGAACCAUAUACAGGUAUUCAAAAAAUACUUCAAAAAAGUUAUGAUGCCUUGGAAAAUUCCAUGCAACAAUUUUUUCUAGACAUCGCAUGUUUCUUCAAGGGUGAAAAGAAGGACUAUGUUCUACAAAUAGUAAGAAAUUCUAAGAACAAGGUCUCCCGAGAUUGUAUUGAAGUACUCAUUGAGAAGGCAAUGAUAACUAUUGACUAUGGUAGGAUUCAGAUGCACGACUUACUAGAAAAACUGGGCAAGGAUAUAGUUCACGAAGAAUCCCCCAAUGAUCCUGGCAAGCGUAGUAGAUUGUGGUUUUAUGAGGAUGUUGAACAAGUUCUAACGGAAAGUAUAGGAACAAGAAAUAUUAAAUUCAUCAUGGUGAAGCUUCCAGACCCAGCUGAGAUAACCUUAAAUCCAGAAUGCUUCCGUAAUAUGGUAAAUCUUGAAAUUUUCAUAAACCGUAAUGCAUCUCUCUAUGGGCACAUUAACUAUCUGCCCAACGCCUUAAGAUUGAUUGAUUGGGAUAGAUGUCAGUUACAAUCUUUGCCACCCAAUUUUCAAGCAAAUCAUCUUGUUGAGUUCAAUAUGCCUCACAGUCAUAUCAAACAAUUGGAUGGAUUUAACUUUAAGCAUUCGCCAAAUCUGACAAUUAUGAAUUUGAAGGGUUGUCAAUUCUUAGAAAAAAUCCCUGACUUAUCUGGAAUCCCAAACAUAAAGUACUUGAAUCUAAGCAUGUGCACACGUUUGGUUGAGGUCGAUGGUUCUGUUGGAUUUCUUGAUAAACUUGUUGAAUUGGAUCUUUCUGGAUGCUUUAAGCUUAUGAGGUUUGGAACAACGCUUAGAUUGAAAUCGUUGGAACAACUUAAUCUAUUUGGAUGUGAAAGGCUUGAGAGUUUCCCAGAAAUAGAAGUCGAGAUGGAAUCACUACGGACUUUGGACAUAUCAGGAAGUGGCGUAAGAGAAUUGCCUUCAGGAAUUGCAUAUCUUACUGGUCUUGAAAAAUUACACGCUGAUUAUUGUGAGAACCUUACAAUUACGGUGAACUCCGAAUUGCUUCCCAACCUAUAUCAAUUUAGUCUCAUGGAAUGCAAUGUAUCAAAAAUUAAUUUCCUCCUGCUCCUUGAUUGCUGGUCCACAGUAACAGAACUUUAUCUAUCGGGAAACAAUUUCGUCAAUCUUCCGAUAUCCUUUAGCAAAUUUGUCAACUUGCUAAAUCUUUACUUGAGUGAUUGCAAGAGUCUUCUGGAAAUUCCAGAACAAGUGCUCCCACGAAGAAUAGAAUUAGUAUCGCUGGAUAACUGCACAUCAUUGGAAAAAAUUCCAAAACUGGCUUGGGUAUUGCUGGAUAACUGCACAUCAUUGGAGAAAAUUCCAGAAAUCUCACCGGCUUCUGUUUCUUCUCCGCAUUCUCAUUUCGACAUUAAUCUUCCAGGCGAUGAAGUUCCAAAGUGGUUCAGCUGUUGUAAAGAUGCAACAACAGUUACACAUUAUUGUUCUAGAUGUGCAGUUAGUUUUGAAAUUCCUCCAAAUUUAAAAUGGGAGACGUUAAGAUUGAUUCUGUGUGUUGUUACUCGGGGUAGUGCCAAGAUUCUUCUCAAUGGAAAACUCGUCAACGAGAGAGGGAUUGGAUCAUAUGAGAGAUGGGAUCAAAAUUUCAUUAGCAGGAGAGCAAACCAAACAAAUUACAACUCAAAGAACAAGGAAAAACCCAAACCAUGCAACAGAAUAGAAGUGCAUGUAAAGCCAUAA